UUGGACGAAUGAAAUAAACUUAUUUUGCACUUAAAAUUCAGUAAUUUUUGGUUUACUUAUUUAUAAUAAAAGCCUCGAAAAACGUCGGAAAAAGACUAUAAACUAAAAUAGGAGGACACAGGCGGGCUUGAUACAAUCAAUCUCACCGUGGACUAAGAAAAUAUACCAUAUUAUUCGUUAAUUAUCAGGCGUUGGAUGGUGUCCAACACAUGCUUUGUCAGAAAUCAAAAGAAAUUCAACGGUCAAGCUUUUCAUCAAACUUACACGCCACGUGUACAAUAUUUUUGUGUAAAAAUUAAAGACUGAACGGUGAGUCCAUGCCUGAGUUACCGAGAGAGUUGAAGAAGGAAAAUCGAAGAUAUAAAAAAAAAAUCUUUUAUCAUUUGAUUUAAGAUCUAGAGACGAGUUUGAUUGAUGACGAUCAGCCAAAACCACGACCUGGGUUCUUAAUUUCGGGGAAUAUCGGAAAGUGGGUCGGGGUCUGCUUGGGCCAAGAUGGGUGAUAAUGCAGCAGCUAUGCAGACGGCUAUAAACUCUGUUCAAGCUCUGGGGAGGGGCUUUGAUGUGAAUUAUGAUAUGAGGCUGCUGUACUGUAAAGGAGUUGCAGGGUCUAGAGUAGUUCAAGUUGAUGGAGAACAUACUAGGGAUCUUGUUUUGUAUGAUAACGUAGUUGUUUCUAAUGUUUCUUGGGAUAUCAAGAACUCGCAAGACUCUUUUGGCCGACAGAGCUCUGGCGUUUGCUCUUUUCAGGAGAUGGUGGAAUAUUUUAAUCACAGGGCUAAUUUAUCCGGAGAUUUCCCUCUUGGUAGUUUCAAUUCUGCUUUUAGCUUCACUGGUUCAAAGCAUAUAGAUGCUGCAGCCACAAAGACAUUAUCUAUGGAUGGUUUUUUUAUUCCGCUUGCUAAAGUUGAACUUAAAUCCCCAUUGGUCUUGCAAGAAAAUGUGAAACUGGCUGUCCCAACAUGUUGGGACCCAGCAUCUUUGGCAAGCUUUAUUGAAAAUUUUGGGACUCAUGUCAUAACUUCUGUAACUAUUGGAGGUAAAGAUGUGAUAUAUGUUAAACAACAUCAUUCAUCACCACUGUCAAUGAUGGAGAUUAAAAACUAUGUUCAGGACGUUGGAAAUCAGAGAUUUUCUGACAAUGACAGUCAGACAAGUUCAGGUCAAAUGAAAUUGAAGGAUAAGGUUGAUCCUGGAUUAUUCAACAGCCAAGGGAUAUACCCUCAACCUACCAGUGCACCAUAUCUUACUGGGAAAGAAAUUGCAUCUGAUUGUUGUUCCUGGUUGCUGGACUGGAGUUUCCAUGAUGUUACAGUCAUCUUCCGGAGGAGAGGAGGAGAUGAUUUGGAGCAAAGCCACACCCAAUGGGCCAAAACUGUUAAUUCUUCUCCAGAUGUAAUUCAGAUGACUUUCUUCCCUAUCAGUGCUCUUCUUGAUGGAGUAGUUAGAAAGGAGCAUCUGACACGAGCUAUUGAUCUUUAUCUCGAAUUUAAACCUCCGAUUGAAGAACUGAGAUAUUUUCUAGAGUUUCGGAUUCCUCGGUUAUGGGCUCCUGUACAUAAUAAGAUUCCUGGCCUACAAAGGAAGGAACCAGUUUGCCCAUCUCUGCAAUUCAGCUUGAUAGGGCAAAAGCUUUAUGUCAGCCAAGAACAGAUAUCAGUUGGUCGUAAGCCAGUUACAGGCUUGCGAUUAUCGCUUGAAGGAACCAAACAAAACUGCUUAUGUAUUCAUCUUCAACACUUGGCUUCUCUUCCAAAAAUUUUAUUGCCAAACUGGGACAGCCAUGUGGCUAUUGGUGCUCCCAAGUGGCAGGGACCUGAGGAGCAAGAUAGUCGAUGGUUUGAGCCAGUUAAGUGGAAGAAUUUUUCUCAUGUGAGUACAGCACCAAUUGAGAACCCCGAAACCUUUAUUGGCAACCUCUCUGGUGUGUACAUUGUCACCGGAGCACAACUUGGAGUAUGGGAUUUCGGAUCAAAAAACGUUUUGUACAUGAAGCUUUUGUAUUCUCGACUACCUGGUUGCACCGUUCGAAGAUCUUUGUGGGACCAUUCCCCAAAUGACAAAUCUAAGAAAGUUGCUGCUUUAGCCAACUCUGGUGACUCUAGUACAGGUUCAAAAGAGAACUUAACGGGCAACAAGUUGGCAAAGUUUAUUGACACGUCUGAGAUGAGCAAAGGGCCACAAGAUCCUCCAGGUCAUUGGUUGGUUACUGGCGGUAAGCUUGGCAUAGAGAAAGGCAGAGUAGUCUUAAGAGUAAAAUAUUCCUUGCUGAAUUAUUAAGUGAAAUUACAUAUUUUUGAGUGAUUUUGUGGGAAGAAGGAAAGGGGAGGGUGCGAGGGGCCUUGUAGAUGCAGAUGGAUUUUUGUUCUUCAUGCUUGUAAACAAAUACCAAAAUGAUGAACUGGGUUAACUGAAUGGGUUAGAACCUGUAUUAGGGUGGCUUUGCAUAUGAAAUUUCUUCCAAUUUUGAUGGC